AAAAGGAGAGAGAGAGCGAGAGAGAGAGAGAGCGGGAGCGUAUGUGUAAGCUAGCAACUCUAGGGCAGGAAAAACAGGAAUAAGAAAAUUGAGGUAGCCGCCAUAUGCUGUGGAUUUUGUGAAUGCGUUUCUGAGGGGACACACUCUGGUUUUCUGGUGGAUCUGAAAAGAUGGGGAGCUCUCAUUUGCUGAACAAAGGCUUGCCAUUAGGCAUACGGCCUCCCAUCAUGAAUGGGCCCAUGCACCCUCGGCCACUGGUGGCCUUGCUGGACGGGCGUGACUGUACAGUGGAGAUGCCCAUUCUGAAAGAUGUGGCCACUGUAGCCUUCUGUGAUGCCCAGUCCACUCAGGAGAUCCAUGAGAAGGUGCUGAACGAGGCUGUUGGGGCGCUCAUGUAUCACACCAUCACACUUAUGCGAGAAGACCUGGAGAAAUUCAAGGCCCUCCGAAUCAUUGUCCGCAUUGGCAGCGGCUUCGACAAUAUUGAUAUUAAGUCUGCUGGAGACCUAGGCAUCGCAGUUUGUAACAUGCCUGCAGCAUCAGUGGAGGAGACGGCCGAUUCCACCCUCUGUCACAUCCUAAACCUCUAUAGACGGACCACCUGGCUGCACCAGGCUCUCCGAGAGGGCACGCGAGUCCAGAGUGUUGAGCAGAUCCGGGAGGUGGCAUCUGGAGCAGCAAGGAUCAGAGGGGAGACCCUUGGAAUCAUUGGUCUAGGUCGUGUGGGCCAGGCGGUGGCACUGAGAGCCAAAGCGUUUGGCUUUAAUGUGAUUUUCUAUGAUCCUUAUCUGUCUGAUGGCAUGGAGAGAGCCCUGGGACUUCAGCGGGUCAACACCCUGCAGGACCUUCUCUUCCACAGUGACUGUGUCACACUACACUGCAGUCUCAAUGAGCACAACCACCAUCUCAUCAAUGACUUCACCAUUAAACAGAUGCGUCAGGGGGCGUUCUUGGUGAACACAGCACGAGGUGGGCUAGUGGAUGAAAAGGCCCUGGCCCAGGCACUGAAAGAGGGAAGAAUACGUGGAGCAGCCCUGGAUGUCCAUGAGACAGAGCCCUUCAGUUUCAGCCAGGGGCCACUUAAAGAUGCCCCCAACCUGAUCUGCACACCACAUGCUGCCUGGUACAGUGAACAAGCCUCGAUUGAGAUGAGGGAGGAGGCAGCCAGGGAGAUCCGCCGAGCAAUCACAGGUCGCAUUCCAGACAGCCUGAAGAACUGUGUCAAUAAAGAACUCCUGACACAAACGACACACUGGGCCAGUAUGGACCCUGCUGUAGUUCACCCAGAGCUCAAUGGAGCCUACAGGUAUCCCCCUGGUGUUGUGAGUUUGCCUUCGGGAGGUCUUCCACCACCAGUGGAGGGGAUAGUCCCAAGUGCUGUGCCAAUAACCCACAGCCUGCCCACCGUAGCCCACCCACCCCAUGCCCCAUCACCAGGCCAGACGGGGAAGGCUGAACCAGACAGAGAGCAGCAUCCCAACGACCAAUUGUAGCCCCUUCUUUUCCAUAUUUUCCCUUACCACUAUAGAACUCUCCUUGUCCUUCUCACCCCAAAGAAGAGGAGUAGAACAAGCUCCCAGGCUCCAGGCAGCCGUAAAAGACAUAAUCGCAACUCUCCCCAAGGUUGACAACCAUUUGACUGAAGAUGUUGGAUCUUAUUCUUUUGAAGUGUUCUUGUGAGGAAAAAAAAAUGUGGAAUUGAAACAAAAAAGAAAAAAAAAAAACCUUGCCCAAGGGAUAUCCUGCUGUUUUAGAUUGUAGUUUGUCCAAGUACAGUGGGCAAUUUUAUCUGUUUUAGUGUCUAAUGGGUUCAUUGUUAAAACAACAGUAGCUAUGACAUGAAUGUAACCUGUUUGUGUACAGUUUUUAGAUCAUGGGGAAUUGUUUAUAUAGCAGUCAAGAAAAAAAAAAUAAGAAA